AUGUGGAGAAGACUGGAUAAGAAUAUUUGCUAUCAUGUUCCUUUAGCAAACGGUACGAUAUAUUACGGCGUGAUAGAAGCCGGCUUUAAUUUCGACUUCUCUGGGAAUACUCCACCCCCCUCUAAUAAUAACUGUGCCCAAAUAACAAAUUACUGUAUCCUUCCAACUUAUUGUCUACACAAUGGACAAUGUAGCUUUAAUACAACAUUAUGUGAGACUAAUUGCCAUUGCCCCUCUCCAUACACUGGUAAAAGAUGUAGAGAGAAACUAUGUCCCGAUGGAUGUGGUGGUAACACUACACUGUGCUUAAAUGGAGGAUCGUGUACUAUAAAUAAAGAUACGUGUCAACAGCAAUGUGUUUGUCCAGAAGGUUAUACAGGAAUUAACUGUGAAUCUAACAUCCAAGUCACAAAUGAUACAGAGACUGACCAAGAAUGUCCAAUGAAUCUAUGUGACAGUUUUGCCUUCUGUUAUAAAGGUAUAUGUAAACAAAAUAAACGCACAUGCGCACCGUAUUGUAUUUGUGAAGACGGCUUCACUGGAUCUCAGUGUGAAACAUUCAUUGAUUCUUCAGACACCACAACAGCAUCUACUCCAUCUAUCCCAUCUACAAGUCUAGCGCCACUGGCUUUAAGGCAAUGUGCCUCUGGUUUUACUUGUAAACAUGGUAUAUGCGAUCAAGAGAAAUUAAAAGAAAACCGAUUUAAAUGUAACUGUGACAAGGGAUUUAUUGGAACCACCUGUCGAAAGCCAUGUCGAGUGGACUGUGGUGAAUAUGGACAUUGCUAUUUAGAUGGUCUGAAAGAAAGAUGCGCCUGUCAUCCAGAUUGGGUUGGGGAAAAUUGUACUGAUCCUAAACCGACACCCGCGACAUUAAUAGCACCAGCAAAUGCGGGCUGGGUAUGGUGGGUUGCUGGUAGUUGUAUUGGAUUAUUAGUUUUAUUGGUAUUUUUACUAAUUGUUCUACCAGUGUGGUUAUGGAAGAGAAGAGAGAUAUUCAUCAUGAAAAUUGUACAUUAUAUGCAGCCUUAUGAAGAUUCUGAUGGCAAAAUGUUUGAUGCGUUCAUAUCCUACAAAUCACAUCCUGAUGAUGAGGGCUUUGUUCUCAAUCACGUUUUCCAGAAGUUAGAGAAAGAAUUGGGGUUUAAACUUUGCCUCCAUUUCAGAGAUUUUAAAGUCGGCGAAACGAUUGCCAACAAUAUUCUUUGGGCAGUAGAGAAUAGUAGAAGAACGGUGUUGAUUAUUUCGCCCAACUAUCUGGGAAGUGAAUAUGCACAGUUUGAAUUUCAAACCGCCCAUUUGGAAUCAUUAAGCCUUCACUCUAGAAUAGUGCCAGUUAUAUAUAAAGAUAUAUCACAACAUCAAGGUAGUAUUGACGCCACAUUAAAACAUAUCCUAAGAACCAUCACAUACCUAGAGUGGCCUACCAUUGAAGACAACAAAAAGGAAACCAAAUUUUGGAAGCGUCUUGCUCUGUCCCUUCCAAAACGUAAAGAACUUGAUGCUAAAUCCAUCGAGGCGAAAUUAUCACCAUCAAAAGAUCAUUCUGAUAAUCAUAUUAACUUACUCAGUUAUAAAACAUUGAACAGUAAAAGUACUGAGACCAUGUGGACUGAUGUUUCAUUGGAUGAGACCAAGGACACUGGUAAUUACCAUAAAAAUCUCGUAAGCAAUAGUGGUGAUGUGAGUCUCAAUAUGACUGAAUGA